AUGUUCGACAACCUCUACACCAUGCGCAACUUGAGCCUCAGCGGCGAGUGUGAAGGCGACGACGACGGCAAUAACCGCUUUGACGAAUGCUUCUGGGUCCAGGAUGAGUGGAACCGCUACAUCUGCUACUACUGCUGCGUGUUCCAGGAAUCAUACAGCCACGACGACGACGUUGUGAGCUAUGGUGGAGACGACGAUGACGAUGAGGAAGACGAGUAA